UUUCAGAGUAGGUACCCGCAGUCACAGUUCUCCUUUAUGUCACAUUUGCAAAGUAAAGCAUUCCAUCGCGUCCACUUGAAGUUUACUUUCUUGUCCAAAACUGAGCAAAGGAGCAUCAAAACUUUUUUGGCAUCUUUUACUUUGCAGGAGUGAAGUUUGCCAGUCAAGCUGUGCGCCCUUCCAGGCUGUCAUUGCAGUCUUUGGGCACAGCGCGUGGAUUUAGAGGGAAGGAUUUUCUCCUAAAAAACUAUUUUACUGCGAGAAGCUCUUCUUUAACUUUUUCGCAUGAAUCUCCUCGACCCAUACCUGAAGAUGACAGAAGAACAGGAGAAGUGUCACUCCGACGCUCCAAGCCCCAGCAUGUCUGAGGACUCUGCAGGGUCGCCGUGCCCGUCUGGCUCCGGUUCCGAUACCGAAAACACCCGGCCGUCCGACAACCACCUCCUCAGAGGCCCAGAUUACAAGAAAGAGACUGAGGAAGAGAAGUUCCCUGUGUGUAUCAGAGACGCAGUGUCCCAGGUGCUCAAGGGCUACGACUGGACCCUGGUGCCCAUGCCGGUGCGCGUCAACGGCUCCAGUAAAAGUAAACCUCACGUCAAAAGACCGAUGAACGCCUUCAUGGUUUGGGCUCAAGCUGCACGGAGGAAACUGGCCGACCAGUACCCGCAUCUGCACAACGCAGAGCUCAGCAAAACCCUGGGCAAACUUUGGAGACUUCUCAACGAAGGAGAGAAACGUCCGUUCGUGGAGGAGGCUGAGCGCCUGAGAGUGCAGCAUAAGAAGGACCACCCCGACUACAAGUAUCAGCCCAGGCGAAGAAAAUCAGUGAAGAACGGCCAAAGCGAGCCCGAAGACGGCGAGCAAACCCACAUAUCUCCAAAUGCCAUCUUCAAGGCGCUUCAGCAGGCCGACUCCCCUGCGUCCAGCAUGGGCGAGGUGCACUCUCCCGGAGAGCAUUCAGGUCAGUCCCAAGGCCCACCAACACCGCCAACCACCCCCAAAACAGACCUACCCAGCAGCAAAGCUGACCUUAAGCGUGAGGGGCGCCCCAUGCAGGAGGGCACCGGUCGCCAGCUCAACAUAGAUUUUGGGGCUGUGGACAUCGGUGAGUUGAGCAGUGAUGUCAUCUCUAACAUGGGGAGUUUUGACGUCGACGAGUUUGAUCAGUACCUGCCACCCCAUAGCCAUGCUGGGAUGACUGGUGCAGCCCAGGCUGGUUACACCGGCAGCUAUGGUAUCAGUAGCUCCUCAGUCGGCCAGGCAGCCAACGUCGGCGCCCAUGCCUGGAUGUCCAAGCAGCAGCAACAGCAGCAGCAGCAGCAGCAGCAACAGCAGCAGCAGCAGCAGCAGCACUCUCUGACCACUCUGGGCGGAGGAGGAGAGCAAGGCCAGGGUCAGCAGAGACCGACCCAGAUCAAGACAGAGCAGCUGAGCCCCAGCCACUACAGUGAGCAGGGCUCUCCACAGCAUGUCACCUACGGCUCCUUCAACCUGCAGCACUACAGCACCUCCUCCUACCCUUCCAUCACACGGGCACAGUAUGACUAUUCAGACCACCAGGGUGGUGCCAACUCCUACUAUAGCCAUGCGGCUGGCCAGGGCUCCAGCCUGUACUCCACUUUCAGCUACAUGAGCCCCAGCCAGAGGCCUAUGUACACCCCCAUUGCCGACACCGCCGGGGUUCCCUCUGUGCCCCAGACCCACAGUCCGCAGCACUGGGAGCAGCAGCCUGUCUACACACAGCUCUCCAGGCCCUGAGAAGGCCAGCCUCCAUAUUGACUGUAUAACAUCCAUCCCAUGCAUAGACUUCUUUCCGCCCGGCGGCCUAUGUGCCACCAUGCCACACACCCUUCAUUGCCAACAGAAAAACAUGACAAGGACUUUUUUAUAGUGCUGAAAAUAUAUCUUUGGAUUGGCUCACGACAGUGCCUUUUGUAUUGUUUGGAAUUGUGAUUAUAUUUUUUUAGAUAUAAUGUAAAAAAAAAAUGAAAUCCUCUGUGAGGACAUACAGGUUAUAAAUAUUUUAGUAUGUACUGUGUAUGUGUUCUUCUCUUGUCAUCAUCAUUAUCAUCAUCAUAAUCCCCUUCAUCCUCAUCAUGCUCAUUGUCAUCAUCAUGUGAGGGUUUAACACAGGUGUAGGGAGCUGGAAUGCUAGGUGAAAACCCUCAGUGGCCUUACUUCUCACUAAUGUGUCUUUGUACAGGAAGUAAGAAAAGUCCCUUUACUUACACUGCCGUCUUAUGAUAGCCUACAUUCUGCUUUGAAUCUUUGUACUGUACAUAUUUUAUUGUAAUUCCCAUGAGAUGCAAGAAUUGAGCAAUGCAGGUCUGAGAUAGUUUGAAUUUUCGGCCAUUAUGACAGUGUCAUCAGUGAAUUAGGCGAAUAUUACACUUCUUGUUCUUUGCUUUAGCUCAGAUUAUUGUGUUGGAAAUGCUAUAGCAGGUGCCAUGUAAUUCUACUAGGGGCCUUACUGUGUUGCUAGAUAUAACUGAGCAAUGCUUGUUUUUAUCUGGGUACUGCCUUGAUACCAUUGGUGCCUCUGGAGCCGCAGCAGAGAGGCUCCAUCCACUGGCAUUGCAGUGUGGAAGCCACAGCAGAGAUGUGCUUCCUGCUUGAGGAGAUACAGGAAGUCUCUCUGACCUGAGUCUCCUCUGCAGCCAGCAGGUCUCCGCUGAGUCUGGCAUGCUUCUAUCAUUCCCACAGCCCCAUCCAUUUCCCUAAUCUUUUCUUAAUUUAUUCUUUAGCAUUAAUUUUAUUUGAAAAUAAUAACUAUUUGCAAUUAUCUUUUUUUUUUUUUUAAUUCAGCAGCAGCUAACUGAAAUGAAAUGUUUUCAGCAGAAUAGUGCUGCAUAUGUGGUACAAAUUUGUUUAUUUAUCGUUUGUAAAUUUUUCCGUUUCAAAGUUUCUUUUUUCAUGAUCUAGUUAUGUAUAGAUUACUUAUAAUUACGUUAAAUGCGAUCUUAAAGUCUUUCUUUAAAGAAGAAAAAAACUGGAAGUUGUCUCUUUUUUCCAUUCUAACAAAUGAAUUAAUGACUAUGGAAGCUGUGGCUGUGUUGUAAAGAAUUUUCUAGAAUCACCAGGAUCCUUUUUGUUCCUCAUUUUAUAUUCCGUAUCAUUAGUUCUCAUGUUGUCAUCUUCUUAAUGCAGUUUCCCUAGGUAAACAUGCCAUUGUCCUAAAAGCUUAUCUUUUGUAUUAUAUUGUUUGCAAUAAAAACAAAACAUUGAAAAUA